GAGAAGCAGCUCUUUGCAUCUCUAGUGAAAGCUCUUCUUUCUCUUUUUCGAAUCCACAACUUUACCAGAGGAGAAAUCACCAGGAUUUUUGCAGCAGCUUCAAGCUUCUGUGUGCAUCUCUGUGUGGUUUUCUCCAGCAGAGACUCUCAGCCUUUCCAGAUUCUCAGCUUCGGAUGAGCAGGUAGCUGACACACGUGUGGGGCUGGACAUCUUAGUCAACUCCUCUCCUUGUUCCUUGAAGAUCCUGGAUCUCUCUGGGACACCCUGAGCACGCAAGACCGGCGUUUCCAGCUGGACACCAGGAGAAAUUUGCUACAACUCUCUCUGGGAUCCACGGGGACCAAACUGCUCGCUCUGUGGUGAUAUCUGAUUUGGUUGUGUUUGUGUCCAAAAGUCCUUUAAGGGGGGGUUAGAAGUCUCUGUGUGUCUUUUGGGAAGUGUUGUGGAGGGGGGUUUGAGAGGUAACUCUAGUACCAGGGCUUACAACCUAGUUCUUUCUGUGUUUGACACUCACACGGUCGGAGCCAUGCAGCUGGAUAAUGUCACCAGUGCCGGCAUCCACUCCUUUCAGGGGCACCGUGGAGUUGCCAACAAGCCCAAUGUGAUCCUGCAGAUAGGGAAAUGCAGGGCAGAAAUGUUGGAGCAUGUCAGGAGGACACACCGGCACCUCCUCUCUGAGGUCUCCAAGCAGGUGGAGCGUGAGCUGAAAGGCUUGCAGAAAUCGGUGGGGAAGUUAGAGAAUAACUUAGAGGAUCAUGUCCCAACUGAUAACCAAAGAUGGAAGAAGUCCAUUAAGGCCUGCCUGGCCAGAUGCCAGGAGACCAUUGCCCAUCUGGAGAGGUGGGUCAAGAGGGAGAUGAACGUUUGGAAGGAGGUCUUUUUCCGUCUGGAGAAGUGGGCGGACCGUCUGGAGUCCAUGGGAGGCAAAUACUGUCCUGCUGACCAGGGCAAGCAGACUGUGUCUGUUGGGGUGGGAGGCCCAGAGAUAAGGCCAGGUGAGGGUGAGAUUUAUGACUAUGCACUUGAUAUGAGCCAAAUGUAUGCCCUGACCCCUCCUGCUGGGGAGGUGCCCAGCAUCCCUCAGGCCCAUGAUUCUUACCAGUGGGUUUCUGUGUCAGAGGAUGCUCCAGCCUCCCCAGUGGAGACUCAGGUCUUUGAGGAUCCCCGGGAGUUCUUAAGCCACUUGGAGGAAUACUUAAAGCAGGUGGGUGGAACAGAGGAGUACUGGCUGUCUCAGAUCCAGAACCAUAUGAAUGGGCCAGCUAAAAAGUGGUGGGAAUACAAGCAGGACUCUGUCAAAAACUGGGUCGAGUUCAAGAAGGAGUUCCUGCAGUACAGUGAGGGGACUCUGACUCGGGAUGCUAUCAAAAGGGAGCUGGAUUUGCCCCAGAAAGAGGGGGAGCCCCUGGACCAGUUCCUUUGGCGCAAGAGAGACUUAUACCAGACUCUCUAUGUUGAUGCAGAUGAGGAGGAAAUUAUCCAGUAUGUGGUAGGCACCCUCCAGCCCAAACUGAAGCGCUUCUUGAGUUAUCCUUUGCCCAAGACCUUAGAACAGCUGAUCCAAAGAGGGAAGGAAGUCCAAGGCAACAUGGACCACUCUGAUGAGCCCAGCCCACAGAGGACUCCUGAAGUGCAGUCAGGAGAUUCUGUAGAAAGCGUGCCUCCCUCAACCACUGCCAGUCCUGUGCCGAGCAAUGGGACUCAACCUGAGCCCCCCAGCCCCCCAGCUACUGUGAUAUGAGCUAGUCGAGGUUAGGCAGCAGUCUGGGUUACUAGAAGGGGGCUUAUUUAGGAAGCUUCUCCUUGGAGAGAGGUUCUGACUGAGACAAGACAUGAGGUGUGCUCAGCCCAACAGCCCAUAGCAGAGGAAUUAACUUUGCUUGUGGGGGGAGGGAGGCAAAGGGGGAGAGGCACCUCAGGAUGUGGUUGCCCACCUCACCUAAGCCAUGCAGUACGGUGGUGCUAGAGACACUGCAUGCACCACUGUGGGGAAUGGACAAUUUUAUAUCAUCCCUGACAUGAAACUAGAGACAAUUCCCAACUUCAGAAGCAGCCACUUAAUGCAAGUGGCUUUUAAGGACAAGUGCAGCAAUUGGCUGAGGGUUCCUACCCAUCUGGAUUUUCCCUUCUCCUUCUCUCCUCCCUCUUCUGAAGAGGUGUCUGUCCUGAGGAGACAUCUGUAUUUUGACCCUUGCCCUUUUAUGAUUUACUAUUGGUCUUCUGUUCACUUGGCAAUUUCCUGGUCUGACUUGCUCCAAAGGAUUAUAUAAUAUUUUGCCAUUAUUUAUUUUUUUUCUUUGUUUGCUUCUAAGAAGCAAUUGUAUGACUUCAGGAACUGCAAACUUUAAGAAUCUGGAUUAUUUUGAGUGGGGUUUUUUUUUUCAUUUCCCUGCACCUAAUACCUGCUUUAAUGUUUUUUCCUCUCAAGAAGAUCCUACUGGUUUAUUUCUUAGCUUAGUUUCUGCUCACUCCAAUCAAGGCCGCUGCAGUGCAGAGGCAAAUCUCACCCUUUCCCUGCACUUUCUUCUGUGCAUUCUGUAGGAAACAGGGGUUUCAAAUGAAAUUCUGAGCUUGUUUUAUUGAAGGGGCAACAGUCUACGCUUUUCAGGAGAAGAGAGGGAGUCAAGGUGGAGAGAAGAGGCACCAGAGCUAUUCUGAGAGGGUGGGGGGAGGUAAGGGUAAUAAAUCUUUAUGCUUUGAAUGAAACAAACAAACACACGCUAAAUCCAGAGCAAAAAUAUCCCCAGAGCAGCAGCUUAAGUCCAUGCUGAUGUGUGGAGACAAAAGGACCUUUUGCCAUGUGAAAACCAAAAAAAAACCCCAGCAAGUGAAAAGAGAAGCUGUGUGUCCCAGCACAGUGUUAGCCUAUGCAGCACAACAAUGAGCUUCUGCUUGCACAGACAGACUCAUGCUCUUGGAAAGCCUGGCAUCCUUGUCCUGGAGCACCUGAGGACAAAGUUUUGUCUGUUCUCAAAGAACUUUCUGCAACAUCUUGCCAUGGAUGGAGAUGGACUUGGACUCUGUGAUGUUUUCCAUGUCGAGGCAGUAAUGCUCAGCAUUCACCUUGCUUUGGCUGGCAUCGGAUGAUAGGACUUUGAGAUGAGGGAAGUUUGGCUGUUCAAUGCUUCCUGAGGCUGGACACAUCUCAAGAAUCAUCUGCAUUCACCAGCAGAACAAAUAAAAACCUCUGCAAGAGAUGCAGCAGGGAUGCAGCAACAGGAGUGCUCCUGGGGUGCUCCAGGCACUACUACAGCAGUGACAAGUGUCACCAGUUGCUCGGAAAGCCUUUGUUGUCCCUCCUUCCAGGAAGCUGAAGUGACUCACUCAGAUCCUCCUCUGAGAAGGAAUCACUUCACAGUGCUCUGGAUUUGGAAGGAAAGACAAGGAGAAAAAGCUUCAAAACCAAGGACUCAACAUCAGACAUGCUGUCAGGAUCCCCAGCCACCAGCUGCUGGAUCCACUGUCUGAAGGAAAGACUGACACUGAGAUUCCUGCUGCUGUUGCUGAGUUUCCUUCUCUGUGUCCAAGAUUCCUGCUUUUCUGGGAAAGAGGAAGACAGAGGGCAAAUCAUGCACCAAAGACCCCCGAAUGCACUGCAAUGCUAUGUUCAACAUGCUGAGAACCAGAAGGAAAGGGGAAAGCCAUUUCCAACAAGGCAAAGAAAAGUCUGAGCUGGUUCAGAAACUAAAGCACAGAAGAAAGUGCUGAGAGUGGAAAAAGAAACCAAGAGGGAGAACAGAAGAACCAAGUCUGGGCUUUGGGUACAGUAAGGAUGCUGGGCUUGUAGUGACUGUCUGUUGAGAUAAUACCAUACCUCUGCAAUCUGGGGCCACUGGGACUCACCUCAAGAAAUCUUCACCAGUUUACCAGUUAAAAAAAAAAAUCCUGUUUAACUUUGCCAAAUAACUGACCCUACCUAGGCUACGAACCCUCCAUGCUAUUAAAGCUGUAACUCUUUUUUCCUGAGCUGAGGGUAGCUUCAUUUCAUGCGGGUAUCAGUUUCAAACCUCAAAGGGCUCUGGAAGUUCAGAGAAGCAUCCCAUGAUCCAGAUGCUUGUCAGAACUGCUCGAGCCUGCACAACUGGACCAACUGUUUUGCCAGAAAGAAGACUUGUGAGACAGCAUGCUGUUCCUGGAUCUGCAUGGGCCAGAGUUACUGCAAGAACUGGAGUUCUUGUGCUGGCUUUGGUGUGACUGUUUCCAUCCAGACCCAGGGAGCACAAGAGGCAUGCAAAAGGCAAGAGCUGGAGCGAGUUGAGCAAGACAGUUUUGGUUCAUAUCUCAGCUGAAGAGGUCAAGUUGGUUCCUCUCUCUUCCAGAGCCAACUGUCCUGGGUAUGAGUGCGUGUUGGAGUGGAUGUCUAUUUGUUGAGCAAUCAAAUCCACCUUAACCAAAUUCUGUGGUGUUUUGUUGCAUUUGAACUCAGCCAAUAGGGCCAAAUGUGCAUUCCAACUAUGCUCAGCUAAAAAUGACCAGGACUGGAAAAUUAUGUAAAAAAUCCUGGAAAGGCAGAUUUCACAGGCAUCAUCUCAAGGUCCAAAUGGUGUUUGACUUUGAGAUGCUUAAUUUUUGCAGUCCCUUUUAAGGGGCUGGGCUGCCUCAAAAGGCAUUUUACUUUUCCACAGGCUUUCCUGCCUUUUAGUGAAUUAACCUGUUUGUGCUACUUGGUCAUCUGGGUCCUGAGGUUUACACAUUUUCAGCUGACUUUUUGGAGUGUGCAGAACUCAGUAUCUCCUGGACUGAUUUUGAGGGGUUUUUUUGUUUAUCUCAGUUAUUGCUCCAAGCAGAUUGGAGCUUUAUUUGUAGCACCCUGGUUUAUAUUACCAGCCUCUCCAGGAAGGACUGGUGGUUUAUUUUCCUGGGGCAGAGUCAGGUGAAUGAAGAAGUGUGUAUGUGUCGUGUCUCUGAAUUUGUCACAGACUUUGACCACUGAACUUUCCUUUUCCCUUAUCUCUUUUUCUUUUGGUUUUCCUUAGGCAAUUUUACAUUUGACUCUGACAAAACUACCUUAGAGGGGUUUUGUUUUUUAUUUUUACUAGAGAUAUUAUUAAUUAAAGCAACCUUGUACAAAAGGCAAACACAUUGAAUUACUGCAGGUUAUAGGGGAUGAAGCCGAAAGGUCUAUGUAAGCCGACAUCACUCGCCCUAGAUCUGACUGUAUCAGGCAGUUUAUUCCUCACGUGUCAUGUUGGAGUUACAAGAUCAUAGCAAGCCACUAGAACCUGUCAAUAGAAUAGUGCUACACUCUAUUUGCUACGGUAGCAAAGCCUUUUGUAGAUUUAUACAAUAAAACUUUGAAAU